CUAUCUAUCUAUCUAGUCACUGUGUCAGUUCUACAGUAUAUGUACAGUAUAGUAGAUCUUGUUAUUAAUAUGUCCAGCAGGGGGCGCGUGGACUCUCCCGUUAGUGAACCAACGAAUGACGUCACUGGAAUUUCAAGAUGGCUCCGGAUCACGGUCAGGAUACGGUCUUCUACCGGUCUGAGACGGGAAAGCGUUGAUGUUUUAGCUGGCAUGUCUGCUAACUCACGGUAUCUGCGUACUAUUAUCUAUCACCAUCACCCCGUUAAUGUGGCGGAGGACAGCGUGAAUAGGCGUCAUGGUGAAAGAAGAGCGGGGUACAACACUGAACUACAGCGCCUCGGCUGUCAAGCGUUUUGAAUGAGAUGGAAAAGACCGAGGAUGAACCUGUACAGAUAUAUUUCUUUUAUAUGAGAGAGUAGCACGAGACGGUAACACUCCUCACUGGAUGGUUUAAACGAGGACUGCAGUAGAGGUCAUCUGCGGUGCUAUCAGGGAUUGGGCUGCGGCCGAUGGGUUAUCCGCCCAGCAGGGUCCAAAAGAGCAUUGUCGUCUCCGAGCAUUGUGGGCAUCACCUGUGAAGCUGAUGGUGGAGUCAUCUUCCUCUGGAGGCAGGGGUGCUGAGGAAGGCGGACCACCUCCACGCAUCGCAGAUGUUACAGACAGGCGGGAGAACAUAAUGCAAGGCAUGUUCUCCCACGCUGGAUCAACGCGGAGAGAGAAAGGCCAGGACCACGAGGCGGCGGAGUCACGUGACGAAGCACAGCACCAGACCAGCAACCAGCCGUGUGGCACUAAGCUCCCAAACGGACAUGCGGGCCACGGUUCGCGUGAAGUGACCGAGCGGGACGACCCCGAGUCAUCUCAUCCUGCAGGAAGCUACUCGAAUUCCCAAGAUGUCCGCGUGAUUGCAAACGGAGAACUGUCGGCAGGCUCCAGAGGUGGUGCUUUGGAUGCCGGCGCUUCUCCUCCACCUCAAGAAGAGAGAACUACCAGCUCGGAGGACUGCUCGAACUCCCAAAACGACACCAGAAGUUGUUCCGAAGGCGACCCGUCGACUCCGAAACUCUCUCUCAGGACGUUCUCCUCCAGCGCUUUCCUCAAUGCUGACUCCGCUCCUCUCAGCCCGGACGACGACGACGACGACGACGAGACCUUUUCCGCGUCGGACAGACCUGACGACCUGAGCUUCACGGACGUGAGUCUGAAACCCAGGAACACUUAUGAGAUCAGUCGACGUCAGAGCGCCCCAGACAACAUCCCUGGUGUGUUGAGUGUUGCUGUCGCAGAUCUGACUCUCAGCCAGAGGAAACAUGGCAUCUCUGAGAUCUUCAGCAGAAGUCUGUUCUCCAGAAAGCAGAGGGAGGCCCAGAGCGCACCAGGAUGGAAACUCUUUGGAAAGGUCCCGUUGAGAGAGAGUCCCCCCAAAGACUCCAAAACCAUUCAGCAGGAAGGUAACCCAGGCAAUCUCACAUCUGUAUCUACACCCAAUCUCUUAAGUUCAGGGGAGUACGAGGCUAAGGUGUCUAAAUCGGGCCAGAGUCCCUCCCUGCCCGCUCAGGGCCGACGGAAGAACCUGGAAUUCGAACCAUUGUCCACCACAGCCCUCAUAUUAGAGGACCGCCCCUCGAACCUCCCAGCUAAGUCGGAGGAAGAGGCACAGCGCCACCGCCAGGAGUAUGAUGAAAUGGUUGCGGAGGCCAAGAAGAGAGAGCUGAAGGAGGCCCAGAAGAAGAAAAAGCAGAUGAAGGAAAGAUUUAAACAGGAGGAAAGCAUCGCCAAUGCCAUGGUGGUUUGGAACAACGAAAUCCUUCCCAACUGGGAAAGCAUGCGUGGUACGCGGCGUGUGAGGGAUCUGUGGUGGCAAGGUCUUCCUCCCAACGUGAGGGGGAAAGUCUGGAGUCUGGCCAUUGGGAAUGAGCUGAACAUAACCUCAGACUUGUAUGAGAUCUUUCUCUCACGGGCUAAGGAGCGCUGGAAGAGCUUCAGGGAGACAGGCAGUGAGAUGGAGUCAGAAGCUGACAGCGCGGACCGUGAGUCCAGUCUGGAUUUGAUCAAACUGGACAUCUCGCGCACAUUUCCACCGCUCUUCAUCUUCCAGAAGGGUGGGCCGUACCAUGAUCUCCUGCACAGCAUUCUGGGAGCAUACACCUGUUACAGACCUGACGUGGGAUAUGUUCAGGGAAUGUCCUUCAUAGCUGCCGUGUUGAUUCUCAACCUGGAGGAGGCCGACGCUUUCAUCGCCUUCGCCAACCUCCUCAACAAACCCUGUCAGAUGGCUUUCUUCAGAGUGGACCACGAGCUGAUGCUGAAGUACUUUGCAGCAUUUGAGGUGUUUUUUGAGGAAAAUCUCCCGAGACUUUUUAAUCACUUCAAGAGUUACAACCUCACCCCUGACCUGUAUCUCAUAGACUGGAUCUUCACCCUCUACACUAAGUCCCUGCUGCUGGAUGUGGCGUGUCGGGUGUGGGACGUGUUCUGCAGAGACGGCGAGGAGUUCCUGUUUCGCACGGGGCUCGGGAUUCUGCGGCUCUACGAGGAAGUGCUCCUGCAGAUGGACUUCAUCCACAUCGCUCAGUUCCUGACCAGACUCCCGGAGGACACGCCGUCCGAACGCCUUUUCAGCUGCAUCGCCAACACUCAGAUGAUUAGCAGCAACAGGAAGUGGACACAGGUGUUUAAUGCCCUCAUAAAGGAUAAAGAAAUGGAAAAAAGCAGCAGUCCUACAGUGAAAAACUCUUGAACUCUCAACGUUUUUUUUUUUUUUUUUUUUAUAUUUCCAGUUGACUUUAACUCUCCAUUAGAAGAGAGGAUUGUAUAAAACGGGCUCAAAGAAAUGACAUGAAGAAAAAGCUAAACUUGAUUCAUUUGUUAACCUUGCCAGUAUUACUGAUGUUACACAUUUGUAUAAGUGAAAAAUACAAGCAUUUUAUGAGAAAAUAUUCCACCAGCUUAGUCAUGUACUGUACCGGAUACCAGCAUCAGGCUUUUUCUUGAUAUUGGUGCAUUUUGAAGAAGUGUGCCGACAUACCAUUAACUCAAUUUGUAUGCUGAAGUAUAUUCGGUCGGAGCCUGUUUAAUGCACUUGAGAUUUUAAUAAUGGAAUAGCGAGGUUCUGAGAUUUAAAAAAAAAAUGUGAUUUCUUUUAAGCGGUCUUGUUUUGUAGAGCAAGACCCUAAUGAAGUGCAAUAGAAUAUGUCAGAUGCAGUUAAUAAUGCAGGAGUAAUGCAUAGAGUGUGUUGUUGAGAUGUUUGAAAGCAUUUUGCUGCUUCUUGACGAAGAAUUAUUGCAUUGAGUAGUCCCAUUCUGCUACUUUAAUUUCUUCAAGACACUAAUAUGUAGCCUAGAGCUGCAAAACGAUUAAUCGCGAUUAAUUGCAUUCAAAAUAGAUGUUUGUUUACAUACUGUAUGUUUACUGUAUAUAUUUAUUAUGCAUAUAUAAAUACACACACAUGUAUAUUUAUUAAAAUAAUGUGUAAAG